UUCUUUGGAAGAAGUGGCUGAUUGAGCUUGCAGUUCAAACCAUCACACAAGCCGGUGUUUUUCCCCAAGCAAUCCUACUUUGGUUUUGAGCAGAAAUGCUGUGUACGUACUGUCAGUUUUGUCACAUAGAAUAUUAAGAUUUGAUCUCAGCGGUUGAGAUUUAAUAAAAGGAACACUUGUUCUGCUUCGUCAAGGGCAUUCUUAAGUGAAGCUGGUAUUUUGUGAAAACGAACAGUGCGAGGAGGAUGAGGACGGUUUGGCACCACUGCCUUCAGCUCGGCUGUGACACCAGCAGUCCGCCCACCGUUGUUUUUGCACCGUCAGUGCAUGUGUCAAGAUGUUCUGCCUUACUCCAUACGGGUCCUGUUGGAAGCUGCUGUGCGGAACUGUGAUGGCUUUUUAAUGAAAAAGGAAGAUGUCAUGAACAUUUUAGACUGGAAAACCAAACAAAGCAAUGUCGAAGUGCCCUUUUUCCCUGCCCGUGUUCUUCUUCAAGAUUUUACUGGAAUACCAGCAAUGGUGGAUUUUGCUGCUAUGAGGGAGGCAGUGAAAAUUCUUGGAGGUGACCCGAAGAAAGUCCACCCUGCCUGUCCGACAGAUCUCACAGUUGACCACUCUUUACAGAUUGACUUCAGUAAAUGUGCAAUACAGAAUGCUCCAAAUCCUGGAGGUGGCGACGUGCAGAAAGCAGGAAAGCUCUCUCCACUCAGAGCGCAGCCCAAGAAGCUACCCUGCAGAGGCCAGACCACCUGCCGAGGAUCGUGCGAGUCUGGAGAGCCCGGCCGAAACUCAGGAAAAUUUUCUUCGCAGAUUGAGAACACGCCCAUUCUCUGUCCUUUUCAUUUGCAACCAGUGCCUGAACCUGAAACAGUGUUAAAAAACCAAGAAGUAGAAUUUGGCAGAAAUCGGGAGAGGCUUCAGUUUUUCAAGUGGAGUUCAAGAGUUUUUAAGAACGUGGCUGUAAUCCCUCCUGGAACUGGAAUGGCUCAUCAAGUCAACCUGGAGUAUUUGUCGAGAGUGGUGUUUGAGGAAGACGACCUCCUCUUCCCAGACAGUGUGGUCGGCACAGACUCGCACAUAACCAUGGUGAACGGCUUGGGGAUUCUGGGGUGGGGCGUUGGAGGCAUUGAAACCGAAGCAGUGAUGCUGGGUCUGCCAGUUUCUCUUACCCUACCGGAGGUGGUUGGAUGUGAGUUGACCGGCUCAUCAAACCCUUUUGUCACGUCCAUAGAUGUCGUGCUUGGCAUUACAAAGCACCUCAGGCAAGUAGGAGUGGCUGGAAAGUUUGUUGAGUUUUUUGGAAGUGGAGUUUCACAGUUAUCUAUAGUGGAUCGGACCACAAUAGCAAACAUGUGUCCAGAAUAUGGUGCUAUCCUCAGCUUUUUCCCUGUUGACAAUGUGACAUUAAGACAUUUAGAACAUACAGGUUUUGACAAAGCCAAACUCAAGUCAAUGGAAACAUACCUUAAAGCUGUGAAAUUGUUUCGACAUGACCAGGAUAAUUCAGGAGAACCCGCGUACUCCCAGGUGAUCCAGAUUCAUCUGAAUUCAAUCGUUGCGUCUGUCAGCGGUCCAAAGAGACCUCAGGAUAGAGUUGCUGUGACGGACAUGAAACGUGACUUCCAAGCUUGCUUGAAUGAAAAGGUGGGAUUUAAAGGCUUCCAGAUUGCAGCUGAGAAGCAGAAGGAUAACAUCUCUAUUCAUUACGAAGGAAGUGAGUACAAGCUGUCUCACGGGUCUGUGGUCAUGGCCGCGGUCACCAGCUGCACCAACAACUGUAAUCCGUCUGUCAUGCUCGCCGCAGGUCUCCUGGCUAAGAAGGCCGUGGACGCCGGUCUGCACGUAAAACCAUACAUAAGGACGAGCUUAUCUCCGGGGAGCGGGAUGGUCACGCAUUACCUCAGUUCCAGUGGAGUGUUGCCGUAUCUCAGUAAGCUCGGAUUCGAGGUAGUUGGCUACGGAUGUUCAACGUGUGUGGGAAAUACAGCACCCUUAUCAGAAGCGGUUUCAAAUGCGGUGAGACAGGGUGAUUUGGUUACUUGUGGAGUUUUAUCUGGAAACAAAAAUUUUGAAGGUCGUCUUUGUGAUUGCGUUCGUGCCAAUUACCUUGCCUCCCCACCCUUGGUGGUGGCUUACGCCAUAGCGGGCACGGUGAAUAUAGACUUCCAGACAGAGCCUUUAGGCACUGACGCUACUGGCAAGAGCGUUUACCUGCAGGACAUCUGGCCCAGCCGAGAGGAGGUCCAUCAGAUGGAGGAAGAGCGCGUCAUACUGUCCAUGUUUAAAGCACUGAAAGAGAAAAUGGAGAUGGGAAAUAAGCGCUGGAAUUCCCUAGAAGCACCGGAUUCAGUGCUGUUUCCAUGGGACUUAAAGUCCACAUACAUCAGAUGUCCUUCAUUUUUUGAUAAGCUUACCAAAGAGCCGGUUGCCCUGCAGCCCAUUGAAGAUGCGCAUGUCCUCCUGUAUCUGGGCGACGCAGUCACCACAGACCACAUAUCGCCCGCUGGGAGCAUUGCCAGGAGCAGUGCCGCUGCCAAGUACUUGACAAACAGAGGCCUUACUCCUCGCGAGUUCAACUCCUAUGGGGCCCGCAGGGGCAACGACGCGGUGAUGACGAGAGGCACGUUUGCGAAUAUCAAGCUGUUUAACAAAUUCCUCGGGAAACCAGCUCCCAAAACAAUUCAUUUCCCGUCAGGACAGACGAUGGAUGUGUUUGAGGCUGCGGAGCUGUACCGGAAGGAGGGUGUCCCGCUGAUCAUUUUAGCAGGGAAAAAAUAUGGCUCCGGAAAUUCCAGAGACUGGGCUGCCAAAGGACCGUAUUUGCUGGGUGUGAAGGCUGUGUUGGCUGAAAGUUAUGAAAAAAUUCACAAAGAUCAUUUGAUUGGAAUUGGCAUAGCUCCACUUCAGUUCCUUCCGGGAGAAAAUGCAGAUUCCUUGGGCCUCUCCGGCAGAGAAACGUUUUCUUUAACAUUUCCUGAAGAGCUGUCUCCUGGAGUUACAUUAGCUAUAAAGACGAGCACUGGGAAAGUAUUCACCGUGAUUGCUUCGUUUGAAAACGAUGUGGAAGUAACGUUGUACAAACAUGGAGGAUUAUUAAAUUUUGUGGCACGAAAAUUCUCAUAGUAUCUGCUCCACACGGAUACCCUUUCAGAACUGGUAACUCCAAGUAAAGCCUUUUGUGCUGGACCCAGGGAUCCUCGCCCUGGAGCUGCAGACGGUCCCGUGCGCUCACCGAUCUCAACAUGGGUGUAAAUGAUUAUGAAUCAACAUAGUGACUGAAAUGAAAUCUUCCUGAUUUUAAAUAAUAUACGAAUGGUGCUAUUAACAUUGCUCAAAUCAGCGUGUGAGGUGUGCUGUGGGAAAGGCCUAUAAGUACGGGGGUAUUUUAUCAGACCAUUUUGUAAAUAAAGGCAGAAUUUGAACUUGUGUUGAAGAUUCUUACAUGAGUAACCUUCCUGAAGUUGUUUAGUUCUGCAACCAUAAAACUGUGUUCUACUGUUUGUUGGUUCACGACUAGCAGGUGGGCGUGUGAGAAGCCAGAUUCGACCGUUGUGGAAGCUGGAAUCUGGUUACAAGAGGACUCCCAGGCCUGAGCCGGACGUGGUUGGCGUUCAUAGUUUGUAAUAUAAGCCAGGGUCAUUCUAGCGUCCGUCUGACCGCGGGGGCUCAACGCUGCCCCAGACACAGUCCUCGUGUCCCAUCUGGCCCAGGCACGUCCACACGUGGAUGCAGGGCUUGGGUUGUGCCGUGUCUGAAGAGUGGACGUACACCUCUCAUCGUGUUCAGUAAUUUGCUCCUGUGCCCACUGGCCAGCCUCAGAUGGGAGUCUGGCGAUCAGAUUCGAUCAUUUUGCUCACUUUAUGUGAUACUGUUACUUCGUAUAACCUAUCAUUUUAGGUAUUGUUAACCAAAAUUCCACACUCUUUAUAGUUGCUGAAGAGAACUUAAUCAUUAAAUGCUAAAAUGAUUUUCUCUAGACUUUUAAAUUAUCCACCCUAAAUUAUAUGGUUGCUGCUCAACUCUAGGUAUUUCUAAAUGUUAGUUAUUUCUUAAUGAUUUAAAAUCGGUUUUCUGUCAUUUUGAAUCUUUAUUUUACCUGGGAUGCAUGAUUCUAUUGAUGAGUUUUUGUUUUAACCAAAGCUGACUAUCAGGAUAAAACACAUCGUUGCUGUCUGGAGAUCCGACUUUCUCCCCACACAUGUCCGUUCACCACAGCAAGUGUUCUGUCAACAAGACGUUUGGUGACUUUUAAGGAAAAGGUUGGAUAAUUAAUUCCAGAAAGUCCUGUGCCAUUUUUUAAUUUAAGAAAUUAAACUUAUCAGCCAGAAGGUUAAUUGUAGAGGUUUUCUUUCACAUGGAGAUCCCCCUCUGACCCAGUUGGUUUGCUGAGGCUCAUUGGGCCCUCGGUGCACAGAAGGAAGGACUGCGUACCGCUCACUUUUAGCCGGAACUACCAGAGCGCGGGGUGCAGACCGCUGAGAGCUUUGCACAGAAGCACUCGCACAAUCUCCCGUCUUCUGAAAACAGUCUGCGAAUCUGUGUUCAGACAGUCGCAUGGACUGGAGUCUGAGAAAGCGAUUUCCCUUCUUUAUUUACAGUUUCCAUAACUAUCUUCCGUGGUCCUUUCAUGCUGUGUUCUUGAUCUGUCGUUACACCUGGUGUCUGUCCGUGCGUGUGUUUAAUUUACGUGAAAACAUGAAUUAGGGGGACUUGACGAGCCAGAUGUUGUUAACAUACCGGUCAUGUGCUUGGAGGAGGUGCUGCCCCAGACCGUUUGCGUGGGGACACAUGUGUUGUCCAUGGCCGCACCGAACGGCGUGGGCGUCGGCACGAACACCCGGGCCAGGCGGUCAGGCCGGUGCCGGUGGGCGCUCUGAGCCGAGCCUGUGCAUUUCCUCUACCUAGGCCGGCACCAGGACAAGCAGACCUCAGACUCCAGGAGCCGAGUCGAGACUCCAGGAGCCGAGUCGAGACUCCGGGCCUCUCGCUCCUGCCCAGCGGAGCACAGAGCGCGGCGAGCGUGGCCGGUGCCGGAAAGGAGAGUCUCUGCGCCGCCGUGCGCACCAUGUGCUCCUGCCUCUGGCCGAGUGCUCUGUGUGCGCAGCGGUGACAGCUCUUGCUUUCAUUGUUUUACCGACUCUCUCCGGGUCAUCGGUGUUUAAAAAGAUGCACAAUAUUGUGGAAAGGAAGUAUAGGAGGCACAUUAGAGAAGCAAACGAGUGUUGUAAUUCAGAGUGCAACUUAGAGGUGUUAUCGACAGCAGCAUUUUUUUCAUCUUAACAAAAUGAUGCCGCCUGCCAUUGCCAUGUUUCCUGCCUCCCGCUGUUUCUCCUGUAUGAUGAGACCAGAGGGGCGUCCGUCCAGCCAUGGAGUUGCGUUCUUACAGCUGGAAGCAUCCGAGGCGACGGUGGUCGUCAGUUCCCGCACGAGACGGCAUCACAGUCACCGCGGCUGGACUGCUCAGUGCGUGGCGGGGCAUCGGCCUUACCGGUUCCAUGGGAAGAGUGCGUGCCGCUGGGACCGCAGCCAGCGCCGUUGUCAGUACACAGUGACCGUGGCAAGUGCGUUCACCUCCUCGCGGUGGGUGACGGGAGGAGGAGACGCGUUUGGACUGACGUUUUUCUGUGGCUAAAAGACACUUGUCUUUGCCUUUAGGGUUAGGAGGGGUGCUCAGAUCCUGGAUGUUGACUUGGAGGCGUGGGGGGGGAGCAGACGGACUUCGGCGUUUUCCCCUGAAGUGUGGUAGUGCCGAUGUUUCUAUCAAUUUUACGUAUAAUAUAUGACUAUGAAACCAUGUAUCUCAAGUAACUAGAAAUCAUUGCCUAUUAUUUAAAGCCAACAAAACAGUGUAACAGUUUUAAGUUCAAUAAUGUUAAGUAUUGUAUAAAAAUAUAUUGGAGGAAAGUUCAGUUGAUGACAAUUGUGUAUAUGUUAUUGAUGCUGUAAAUUAUUUUUAAUAAAGAAAAUUGUAUUAUCACA